UAACUUAUCUCCUAAAAAUGAUAACCUACGCGAAGUGGAAGUUACAGUGGUCUACGCUAUAUAUUUUGCGUAAAUGUUUCGCUAUCAUUUAUCGUGAAAAUAAAUUCCUUUGAUAAAAUUAAAAUCAAAAUUAUAUGCAUGCUCGUACAUUUGAAUGAGACGUUUAUCAUUAUUAACAAUGAAAAAAUCAGCCCCAACAAAUUCCAGCGGAGGACCUCCUGCUAAAAAAAAUCAUUGGUCAGGGGGUUUACUCGCUUCUAUGCAGGAUCCUGAGCUUAAAGUCCUUGAAGAUGAUGAUGUUAUUGUUAUAAAAGAUAAAUAUCCAAAAGCAAAGUUUCAUUACUUAGUGAUGCCGAAAAAAGACAUACCGGCUUUAAAACAUGUCACAAAGGAGAAUAUAGACCUUCUAGAACACAUGGAGAAAGUUGGGGAAAAUUUGACCAAAGAGCACAAAGAUCAUGAUUUUAUUGUUGGUUAUCAUGCAGUUCCGAGCAUGCAAAGACUUCACUUACAUGUCAUCAGUACAGAUUUUAAUAGUCCAUGCUUGAAAACUAAACAGCAUUGGAAUUCUUUCACAACUCCAUUUUUUAUACCUUCACGUAACGUACGUAUACAACUGGAAAAAGAUGGUCGAAUUAAGUUGAAUACUGAAGCGAAUAAUAAAUAUUUACUUGAAAAUCUAAAGUGUCACAAAUGCUCUAAACUACCGAAAAACAUGCCAGAAUUAAAAAGGCAUUUAUUAGAACAUCUUCCCAGCGAGGAAAAAUAAAUUGCAAGUAAUAUUUAUAAUAACAAAACGCGAUAAAUCAAUUUUUUCGAAAAAAAUGUGAUCAUUUGUAUACGUUUUAUGUAUCAUCAAUUCAAUUAUGAAACUUAAGUUGGUGAAAAUAAAUUUCUUCUCAGUUCCAACGAA